AAAAAUUGUCAUUGGAAAACCUGUUUUUAUAUGAAGAUCACAGUUUCUAUAUCAGGUGUUGUUUGGGCUUAUCCUAUACCUAAUUUGGAAUCAUUUAAAAACCAGUUUCUGAGAUUACAGUUUCUAUAUUACUUAGAAUUGAUGCAGGUGUUGUUUGGGAUCCUCAGAUUUUUGGUUUGUGAGGUGUUUUAAUGUUCAGGUUAAGCACGUGAGAUUCAGGUUAAUCUCCUUCUUCCCUGUGUUGGUUCUUGACCCUACUGAAUCUCACGUGCUUAACCCUACUGAAAGAUAUAAAAGGAGAAAUUGGUUUCAACCAUCAAUGUAAUGCACAUAUUUGAUCAUAUACCUAUUUUGGAAACAUGUCAAAAACUAGUUUUUACAGAUUGAUUUGUGUUAUUUGUGCGCUCUGUGAUUUUUGGUGUGUGGGUGGUUUUAAGGUUAAGGUUGAGGUGUGUUACUAUUAGUUUGUAUGAAACUGGUUUUCAUGUUAAUUAUCAUGACUGUUUUUGUUGUUUUGUGUCUAAUAUUUAUUUUGUGGUUUGUUUUUUAUCAGAUGGAGAGUGAAUCAGAUGAUAAAGUCUCAUCCAUUGUUCAAAAGGUUGAGCCUUCUAAGAAGGCUAAAAGGCGACCGAAAAAAGAUUCACGCAAAGCUAAAGUAUGUUUUAUGUUUUGUAUUGAAACCGGUUUUUAUUAAUUGUAUAUGUUUUCUUUUUUGGUUGUUACUAAACUGGUUUUAAUUUUUUUUUUUUUUAUGAAACUGAUGUUGUGUUGUUUUAUUUAAGGUUGAUCAUGUUGUGGAACCUUUGAAAGCUCCAGGAUUAAGAAGAUCUCCACGGAAAAAUAAAGUAUGUAUUAAAUUUCACUGAAUCCGGUUUCGAAUUUAUUUUAUGUUUCAUUGUGGUUUGGUAUUUUUAUUGUGUUUAAAUUUUCCAAGUAUUUGUUCCUUGAAAAUUGUUUUUUAUCCUUUAUAUGUUUGUUUUUUGGAUUUUAAUAUGUUAUAUAAAACUGGUUUUUUUUUUGUUUGUUUGUGUUUUUUUUAUUUGUUCUGUUCUGUUUUGUUUAUGUUUAUUUUGUUUAUUUUUUCAGGAUGAUAAUCAAGAGGCUAAAGUCGAUGUUGCUGAUCAUGUUUCUCAGAAACACCGUUCUAAAAAAGUUAGUAAGAAGGAUACGAAUGUCCUUCCAGCUGCGAGUGAUGAUGAUUUUCAAACUGAGAAAGUUGUGGCAAAACCUGUUUCAAGCAAAAAAAGAAAAGCUGUUACUGAUGACGCUAGUGCGUCAAAGAAAAGAAAAUCUAAGGAUGUGGGGGACCAUUCUAAUUUGGAUAAAGUUUGUGAACCUAGUGUUGCUGAUGAUCCAAAGCUUGUUAAUGUUGUCAAGAAAGUCAAGAAGAAACCGGUUUCCAAAUCGCUCGGCAAGAAGAAGAGCGAGGCUCCUUCUGUUGACAUUCCUUUGGUAAUUUUUAUUUUUUUAAGAAACCGGUUUUUCAAUUUGUUAUUUUGCAUGUUUCAGGUUUUCUAUUUACAUUUUUAUUUUGAAUCUGUUUUUUUUAUACUAUAUAUAUUUUUAUUUUCAAUUUUUAGUUUUUAUCUUUGUGGUGGGUAACCCGUUUUUGAUUUUUUCUUUUUUUUUUCUAUGCGUAUUUUUAAUUUCGAUUGUUUAUAUUGUUUUUUCUCUCACAGGAAUUAAAAUUGAUGUGAAAAAAAGAUUUGCUGGGAAACCUCAACUCUACAAUCCUUAUAAUGUCAUUGAUGAUAUCAAUGAGAACCUGUCAGAUGAUCAGAAGGAGUUGUUUUGCAAGUCUCCAUUUGGGCAUUUUCUUGAUGUGAGCAACUUUAACUAUCAGAUACAGCUGAUUCAUCUCGUUCUUUUGCGACAGAUUCACACCGAAAGAGAUGAUGUCGAGCUUUGGUUCAAACUGGGAGACAAGGCUAUUCGUUUCGGAAUUGAAGAGUUUUCCAUAAUAACCGGUUUGGAUUGUACUAAAUCCUAUGAUGUUGAUCUCUUCAAAUCAAAGAAGUUGCUUGCUUACAAUGAGUGUAUUUUUUGCAUGCAUGUGCUUACUGAGAAGCUUACGGUGAAGGAAGUUGCUAGUAUUUUCUUCAGUGGUGCGUUGAAAGACGACGAAGAUUAUGUGAAGAUAGCCCUUGUAUACUUCUUCGCUGGUUAUUUGUAUGGUUAUCCCCAAGGGAAAAAGAUUGACAACUUCAUCUUUGCUAUGGUUAAUGGGGAUGAUUACAUUGAAGUUUUUAAUCGGUUUGGAUGGGGGAAAUUAUUGUGGGAAAAGACUUUUCAUCACUUGAAGAUUGCAUAAAAAGAUGGGAACAAUACUUUUGAACAGCUUGCUAAGAAGAAGAUGAUUGAGAAGGGUUACAAGCUUAAAGGCUUUCCUAUUGCAUUUCUUAUUUGGCUGUACGAGAUUAUCCCGUCUUUGUCUCCUCGAUUUUGCAAUAGAAUCAGCAACAAGAUUCCUCGCGUUCUGAAUUGGGAGAAUAGCCCUACAACGGAGUUUAGUGAGUUGAUUCAGGGUGUGUUCAACAAUCCGAAGAUUGUUGUAAAGGAUUUUGUUGCUUCGAGUGGUGAAAAAUCUCAAAGGCUUUUUUCUAAAUUCAAGUUUGAUCCUAAAUAUGUUCCGAAGAGGAUUGGUGGCGCUGUGUCUUCUGAUGAAGUAAAGGAUGAGGUCAAGGUAUUGAAAACCAGUUUCUGUUUGCAUUUGUUUUGUGUAUGUUUAUCAUUAGUUAUGUUCAUAUUUUUUAUGUAUACUAUUCAGGUAUCUCAUGGAAAGUUGGACCAGAUUUGUGCUGAAAUUACUUCUAUCAAAGAGUGCCAACAACAAAUAAAGGAUGGUAUUUCUAGCUUGAGGAUUGAGUUUUUGAGUGAAUUUGCUAAAUUAGCAGAAAUUAUCAAUGGAUUGAAGAAGAAGGAGAAUGAUGGAAGUUCUAAGGACUCUGAAUUUUUUUCUUCCCUUAUAAGAGAGGUAACUAGUUUCUUUGUUUAGUGUUUUUUGAUUAUAGGUUUGUUGUUUAUGGUUUUAUUAUAGUUUUUUAUCAUUUUGUUGAAACUAGUUUCUGUAUUGAAUGUAUUUUUAUAUUAUUUUACACAGUUGUUUGAAACAGGUUUCUGUUUUGGGUUUGGUUGAGAUACGUUUUUUCUAUUUAUUGGCACUGGUUUCUGGGUGGGGUUUAGGUCUCUGUUUUGUAUUUUUUUUUUUUUUUGUAAGAAACCAGUUUCUUGAUUUAUGUUGUUCUUGGUUUUUUUUAUAUAUUAUUUUUUAUCAUCUGGUUUAAUGUAGUUUCUGUAUUGGAUGUGUUAUGUUAUGAUUUUUGACUAUUAGUGAAAACAGGUUUCUGUAGGAACUGGUUUCUGGUCUUUGUUUAUGUCUAUGUUUCUGUGUUAUUUUCUGUAGGAAACCAGUUUCUAUAUUUAUGUUCAAAAUCUUGUUUCAAUUAAUUUAUGGUUCAGGCAUACUAUCAGGAUAUAUCGGAUGAUGGUGGUGGGUUACAGUUGUCCGUUCAUACUAUUCAAGCUGAGGUACAAGCUUUUUCACAUUUAUGUUUUGCAUUGUUUGGAUGUUAUUGUUUGUUCUAAAUAUUUUUUCUUCAAUUUUGUAGGAGGAAAAGGACACUUUGAAUUUUGAAAAUAUGUUUAUCGAUCCUGAUUUUCUUAAGGGUGUGGUUGAUAGCACUGUUAAGAGUGCUUUGAAGACAGAUGAUGUUUCGUUUCAUGAUGAUAGUGAUAAGUUGAGUUUAGUUUUGUACGAUGAAUCGUAUUUGUCUCCGGAGGUUCAAAAGAGGCAGCCCAAACCAAGCUCUGUUGUUCUGUCGCCAUAUGUUGUGGACUUUGGGUCUUCGUCAUCUUCAAAGGAAGACUUAAUGAGGAUUGUGCAAGAUGAUAAAUUUAUUGUGCAUGGAAUCAAUCCUUUUAAAAAUGAAAUUGGUUUUAAUACUGGUGUUGAGCAGUGCAUUAAGUUUUCCAAGUUUAUUGAUGAGAACAUUGUCAUGAAUAGGGGGUUAGUAUUUUUUUUAUUUAUAUUUAUAUUAUUUACAUUUAUUUUUUUGUCUUUUUUUUAUAUGCGAUUGACUUUUUUUUUUUUGUGUUUGUUAUUUUUUGUGUUGUCAGUGUGAAGAAGUACUCCGAUGCGGACAACAUCUUAUCUCCACCGAUGGAUUUUUUUUUUCAUUGAAAUUUCCGAGAAGAUGUGGUUCUACCAGCUUCAUGCUUGUGGUAAAUUUCUGCGUGACAGUGUAAGAAACUAGUUUUUUUUUAUUAUUUUCUAUGUCUUUGUUGUUUGAGUCUAUGUUUCUGGUAUCGGUUCUUUCAAAAACCGGUUUCUGAUACAUGUGUUUAUUGCCUUUCUGUAGCAUUUAGAUGUGGUAUUCUAUUACCUUAGGAAGAAGAUUAAGCAAGACGAUACUUUGAACCAGAGGAUUACCACCACCGAUUGUUUGUUUGAUCAAGUCAUGUGGAAUUCCUACAAUCCAUUCUUGAAAUCGGGUUCUAAUCCUUCUAAGAUUGACUUUGAUAAUGUCAUUCCUAGAUACAUUGUUGGUGAGUAUUUGUUUUGCAAUACUCCUUGGGUGCUUACUGACCAUGUUCUUAUAUAUGUCAAUAUUUAAAAGCAAAAACAUUGGAUAUUGGUCCAUUUUGACAUCAAGGAGAGGAUGUUGAACGUAUAUAACUCCAUGUCUGGUGCUCUCAACAAGAAACGCGCCUUGGAUCAUGUGAAAGCUUAUUCUACUAUGCUGCCAUUUUAUUUGGAGUA